UCAAUGCCUUGUCGUGGCGAAGGGGCUUGAAUAACUCAGAGAAGCUAUGAGCUAUGCCAUGCAGGGCCACCCAAGAUGGACAGGUCAUAGUGGAGAGUUUUGACUAAACGUGAUCCACCUGGAGAAGGAACUGGCAAGCCACUCCAGUAUCCCUGCCAAGAAAACUCCAUGGACAAAGACAACAGGCAUAUAAAAGUUAUGACGCUGGAAGAUGAGCCCCUCAGGUCGGAAGGCGUCCAACAUGCUACUGAGGAAGAGCGGAGGACAAGUACAAGUAGAUUCAGAGCUGAUGAAGCGGCUGGGCCAAAGCCGAAAGGACGCUCAGUUGCGGAUAUGCCUGGAAGCGAAAGGAAAGUCCGAUGCUGUAAAGAAAAAUAUUGCAUAGGAACCUGGAAUGUAAGAACCAUGAGUGGAGGUAAGCUGGAUGUGGUCAAAAAUGAGAUGACAAGAAUAAAUAUCGACAUCCUGGGCAUCAGUGAACUAAAAUGGAAGGGAAUGGGCGAAUUCAGUUCGGGUGACUAUCAUAUCUACUACUGUGGGCAAGAAUCCUGUAGCAGAAAUGGAGUGGCCCUCAUAGUCAACAAAAGAGUGGCAAAAGCUGUAAUGGGAUGCAAUCUCAAAAAUGACAGAAUGAUCUCGAUACGAAUCCAAGGCAGACCUUUUAACAUCACAGUAAUCCAAGUUUAUGCACCAACUACUGGUGCUGAAGAAAGUGAAAUUGACCAAUUCUAUGAAGACCUACAACAACUUCUAGAAAUGACACCAAAGAAGGAUGUUCUUCUCAUUACAGGGGAUUGGAAUGCUAAAGUAGGGAAUCAAGAGAUAAAAGGAACAACUGGCAAGUUUGGCCUUGGAGUUCAAAAUGAAGCAGGGCAAAGGCUAAUAGAGUUCUGUCAAGAGAACAAGCUGGUCAUCACAAACACUCUCUUCCAACAACACAAGAGACGACUCUACACAUGGAUAUCACCAAAUGGGCAGCAUCGAAAUCAGAUUGAUUAUAUUCUCUGCAGCCAAAGAUGGAGAAGCUCUAUACAGUCAGCAAAAACAAGACCUGGAGCUGACUGUAACUCAGAUCAUCAGCUUCUUAUAGCAAAAUUCCAUCUUAAACUGAAGAAAGUAGGAAAAACCACUGGGCCAGUAAGAUACAAUCUGAAUCAAAUCCCUUAUGAAUACACAGUGGAAGUGAGGAACAGGUUUAAGGAUUUAGAUUUGGUGGACAGAGUGCCUGAAGAACUAUGGAUGGAGGCUCGUAACAUCAUACAGGAGGCAGCAACGAAAACCAUCCCAAGGAAAAGGAAAUGCAAGAAAGCAAAAUGGCUGUCCAACGAGGCCUUACAAAUAGCGGAGGAGAGGAGGCAAGCAAAAUGCAAGGGAGAUAGGGAAAGAUACAGGAAACUGAAUGCAGAUUUCCAAAAAACAGCAAGGAGAGACAAGAGGGUCUUCUUAAAUGAGCAAUGCAAAGAAAUAGAGGAAAACAAUAGAAUGGGGAAAACCAGAGAUCUGUUCAAGAAAAUUGGAGAUAUGAAAGGAACAUUUCGUACAAAGAUUACCAUAAUCAAGGACAAAAGUGGUAAGGACCUAACAGAAGCAGAAGACAUCAAGAAGAGGUGGCAAGAAUACACAGAGGAAUUAUACCAGAAAGAUAUGGAGGUCUCAUACACCCCAGGUAGUGUGGUUGCUGACCUUGAGCCAGACAUCUUGGAGAGUGAAGUCAAAUGGGCCUUAGAAAGCAUUGCUAAUAACAAGGCCAGUGGAAGUGAUGAUAUUCCAGCUGAACUAUUUAAAAUUUUAAAAGAUGAUGCUGUUAAGGUGCUACACCCAAUAUGCCAGCAAGUUUGGAAAACUCAGCAAUGGCCAGAGGAUUGGAAAAGAUCAGUCUACAUCCCGAUUCCAAAGAAGGGCAGUGCCAAAGAAUGCUCCAACUACCGCACAAUUGCACUCAUUUCACACGCUAGCAAGGUUAUGCUUAAAAUUCUACAAGGCAGGCUUAGGCAGUAUGUGGACCGAGAACUCCCAGAAGUGCAAGCUGGAUUUCGAAAGGGCAGAGGAACCAGAGACCAAAUAGCAAACAUGCGCUGGAUUAUGGAGAAAGCUAGAGAGUUCCAGAAAAACGUCUACUUCUGCUUCAUUGACUAUGCAAAAGCCUUUGACUGUGUCGACCACAGCAAACUAUGGCAAGUUCUUAAAGAAAUGGGAGUGCCUGAUCACCUCAUCUGUCUCCUGAGAAAUCUCUAUGUGGGACAAGAAGCUACAGUUAGAACUGGAUAUGGAACAACUGAUUGGUUCAAAAUUGGGAAAGGAGUACGACAAGGGGAAGAAAUGGAGGCAGUGAGAGAUUUUACUUUCUUGGGCUCCUUGAUCACUGCAGAUGGUGACAGCAGUCACGAAAUUAAAAGACGCCUGCUUCUUGGGAGAAAAGCAAUGACAAACCUAGACAGCAUCUUAAAAAGCAGAGACAUCACUUUGCCGACAAAGGUCCGUAUAGUUAAAGCUAUGGUUUUCCCAGUAGCGAUGUAUGGAAGUGAGAGCUGGACCAUAAAGAAGGCUGAUCGUCGAAGAAUUGACGCUUUUGAAUUAUGGUGCUGGAGGAGACUCUUGAGAGUCCCAUGGACUGCUAGAAGAUCAAACCUAUCCAUUCUUAAGGGAAUCAGCCCUGAGUGCUCCCUGGAAGGACAGAUCGUGAAGCUGAGGCUCCAAUACUUUGGCCACCUCAUGAGAAGAGAAGAAUCCUUGGAAAAGACCCUGAUGUUGGGAAAGAUUGAGGGCACUAGGAGAAGGGGACGACAGAGGACAAGAUGGUUGGACAGUGUUCUCGAAACUACGAACAUGAGUUUGACCAAACUGCGGGAGGCAGUGCAAGACAGGAGUGCCUGGCGUGCUAUGGUCCAUGGGGUCACGAAGAGUCGGACACGACUAAACGACUAAACAACAACAA